GAGUUUAAAUAAAAGCAUUUAAAACAAACAUGGCUACAGAGUGACACUGUGCGCGGCGCUCUCGUGUAGCUGUGUCUUAUUCCCAGUGACAGACCGUGAAUAAUGGCGCGCCGAGGCUAGAACAGCACAGGGCAAGGCUUAGGGCGGCCAGCAGGGGAUAACCAUAUGUCACCCGCGCCUGUGAUAAGAGUGUGCUGCGGGGCCUGAUUUAAAUGAUCCCCGCCGUCUGCCGUGCUUGUUGAGUGCUCGAAUUUGCGGGAAAAGUGCGAGUGGCGGUUAUUGCAGUGAGUGGUGAAGAGUGCCCGGACUGCCUUCAGCAUGGAGGACUCGAGCGAGGUGCUGGUGUGUGCCGCCGAGUACAUGAAAGAUCGGUUGUAUUUCGUUACUCUUCGGACGUCAGGCAGACCCAGAUCCACUGCCAACACACACUACUUCUCAAUCGACGAUGAGUUAGUUUAUGAAAACUUCUAUGCCGACUUUGGGCCCCUGAACCUGGCCAUGCUGUGUCGGUACUGCCAUAAGCUGAACAAGAAACUAAAGUCGCUGUCCCUUGCCAAGAAGAAAAUUGUCCACUACACGACACUCGACCAGCAGAAGAGGGCCAACGCAGCCUUCCUCAUUGCCUCAUAUUCGAUUAUCUACCUGAAGAAGACUCCUGAGGAAGCUUACAAGCCCUUGAUUGGUGGGAACAGUCCACCAUUUUGCCCCUUCCGAGAUGCAGCUUAUGGCAUGUCAACAUACCAUCUCACAUUACUGGACUGUCUUCAGGCCAUUGACAAAGCUUACAAGCUUGGCUUCUUCAAUUUUGAAGACUUUGAUGUAGACGAGUACGAAUAUUAUGAGAAAGUACAGAAUGGUGACUUCAACUGGAUUAUGCCAGGUAAGUUCUUAGCUUUCUGUGGACCCCACUCAGAAAGUAGAGUGAAGAAUGGCUACACACUCCACUCACCGGAGACGUACUUCAGUUACUUCCGCAAGCACAACGUGACAAGUGUUGUUCGACUCAACAAGAAGAUCUACGAUGCUGCUCGUUUCAAGAAUGCCGGCUUUGAGCAUUAUGACAUGUACUUCAUAGAUGGCUCUUGCCCCUCAGAUGAAAUCAUGAGAGAAUUCUUGAAAGUUUGUGAAAACACAGAGGGAGCCAUUUCUGUACACUGUAAAGCUGGCCUGGGUCGUACUGGCUCCCUCAUUGGGUGCUACAUGAUGAAACAUUUUCGCUUCACUGCGGCGGAGGUCAUUGCCUGGCUGCGCAUCUGUCGGCCAGGUUCUAUCAUAGGGGGCCAGCAGCAGUGGCUUACCUCAAAACAGUCAUCACUAUGGCUGGAGGGAGACAUUUUCCGAGGACGGAACAAGAACCAAAACCUGAAUAAGAAGUUUCAGUAUGGGAUUUACAGCAUUGCUUACCGUGACCAUGUGGCAAAUCUUCGUAACAACCGGAACAAAAACAACUGCAAUAACCAGAAUCAAAAGAAACAGGUUGUAUCCACGUCAUCUGAUGAAGAAAUUGAGCGUGAGGAGAAUGUUCAGAGGGUGCUGAGUGGAGUAGACACUCUGAAGCUGGAUGAUCACAUUGCCCACACAGACAAUCAUGAAAAGUAUAUUGAGGAUGUUGCUAAUAGCAAUGCUAACACCAAAGAUUCCGAGACACGGAUCAUAAAUGGCCUUACUCAGGGAGACAGAUUAAACCAGCUGAAGGCCUCCCGGGCCCACUCCAGAUCUGCCACCACUGGGCGUGUCCACCUUGAAGAUAAAGCCCACGUGCGUACAAAGUCCACGCCUUUGGGCAGUGGCAGUGGUGGUGGUGGUAGUGGGCGGGAGGCAGUGUUGUCACCACUGAAGGCUGGCAAAGUGUCCACCCUCACCUCAGCCCACCGGGACACAUCACGUAGGCCCAUAAGAACCACCACCACAGCCACAACUAAGAGACAUGCAUGGCUGUUAGGAUCAGUGUACCGGGGAUCUGGCCAUCGAGGGAGCAAGGCACGUGGGGUUCUUCAUUCCCCAGGGUCCACACACAACUCAGUGUCUUCAGUGGGGGCCAGUCAAGGCCCUGACAGUCACUCUUUGUCUCAAAACCUGCCAAGAAAAAGUCACUUAACCUCUUCCUCAACAACAACUUCAAACCCUCUUACAAAAACGACAGUACAUGGCUCUUUUUCAUCAUCAAAAGUGUCUCUAGCCUCUGCUUCUUCCUGCCUUUCUUCCUCUUAUGCAGGUGACAAUCAGUAUCACAGACCCAGCAACACCACUUGUACAAGACUCUCAACAAAUACUGUGGACAAUGGCAAUGUAGGGGAACAUCCUCAGAUAGAAAAUAACAAUUUUGAACAACACGAACAAGACAAUGGCGGGUUAGGCCUCAGAGGAGAUGACAGCUGUAGGAAUCAAAGUUCUGGGGCUGCCAACCGCUCCCGACUCCCUUCUUCAUCGUCAUCAUCUGCCAUACACAGCAAACUUCCAGUCUAUCGCGUAGUAAAGGGAAUAACAAAUACCGAAACACCACCACGAUCACCAGCCGCUCCACGAAAGCUGCCCUCGUCAGAUGACUACCAAUACUGCCCACCACCACAAAAAGCAAGAUUAACAGGAAAACUACAGAAGCAAUCACAGUAUCAUCAGAAUCAUCAUCACCAACUUCCCCUGACACCAACACCUCCAUUAUCACCAACAGCCACAGCAAAACUUCUGACAAGAAAUAUCGAAGCACUGCCAUCAGCAAGCUUGGUUCCGCCGAGGACUCCACCUCCCACUCCGACACACCCUGCAAGCCGCAAGCUUCCACAACCAACUCCAGUCAUGAUAAAAAACAGGAUGCCUCUGCAGAUGACUCAAGUGACGAAGAGGAUAAAGUCUUGUCCAGCUCUUCCACUCCCGAGGGAAAAAGUUCUUCAUCAGAGCUCAGGCACACUGCCAAGAGUACCAAAGGUACUACCAAAUCUUGGUCACCUGCGUCUGUGUCAGAGAGUAGGCCUAGAAGGGAGGGGAAAGUGUCUAGAUCAGCUCCCCCAGAGUUGAAGCGAACCACCUCAGUGGACAAGAAAGUAACUAGAAGUGCUCUAGGAACAAACUUUCGCAGAUCUGGUAGAAGUGCCACUCGUGAUAUGGGAGGGAAGAAAAGUGGUGGUGGGUUGAAAAAGCGUUCACAUAGUCCAUCCAAUAGGGAGCCUGGGAGGAGCCUUAAAACACGGAAAUCUCGCAGCAGGGUCACAAGUCCAGAACCCAUACUGGGCAGUGAUACAUCUGAGAAGAGCAAACUAGAGAAGAACAAUAGAGAGGGAGGAAAUGGCAAAAAGAAGGGCUCCCAGACUCAUAUCACAGAAUAUUACACCAUCCGAAAGGAAAAGAGCACCUACAAAGUAAUAAGAACAUUACCUGAUGACCCCCCCAGUGACAAGAGUGCUACCCUAAGAAGCUGGAGUGACGAGCAUAAGAGAAUUGGAGGUUCCGGAGGAAUAUCCACUCGCCGCACACGACACCUUAUCAGUGAGUGACGGUACAUUGUGUCUUUUGUAUGUGUUAGCUUGUUAUCAAAUUCCUGUUAAGAUUUGUACAUAUGUAGCUUUUCAUCUAACUACUAGAACAGUGCAGGGUUCUGAAAUACAUUAAGCAGUGUGUGUGGGUGUGUGCAUGCAUGUGUGUGUGUGGGUGUGUAUACAUGUGUGCAUGUGUGCAGAGAGAGAGAGAGAGAGAGAGAGAGAGAGAGAGAAUUAUCUUUCAUAUAUGGCCUUUUUAUAGCUAUAAAAGAAUUUCUCAAAUAGAUAAAUUUUGUAAAACUAAAGAAGCAAUUUCAAUGAAAAUAUUUAUAUGUAUUAUGUUGUAAGAAGCUGAUGUGUGUAUGGCUGGUUUCUUGUUAGUAAAGUGUUGUGCCAUGUUGGUGUACAAAUUACAUAGGUAUUAGAGUUCUGAAAUAUUUCAAUAAUUAUAAUACACACACACACACACACACACACACACACACACGCACACACAGGCUCUUUUCCUGUAUUUCACAACUAGGUAAACCCACACACACACACACACACACACACAUUAGAAAUUUAAUAAGAAAAAUUAUUCUUUUUAGUAAGGUUGGCAAUAAGUGAAGUAAUGAUUGUUAAAUCUGAUUGGUUGUUAAUCCUCAUCAUCCUCACCAUCAUUUUCUUCACACACAUUUCACUCCCAGAAGUAUAGUGGAUACACAAAGUAGUAUGUGAUACCAAACUCGAGUAUUGUCUGGGUGAUGUCUGAUGGCUUCUUGAACUCACUCUCCACACUAGCAGAACAUCAGCGUACUGGAUUUGAAUUUAUUUUCAAAUAAGUUAACAGUGAUUAAAGGUUGAUAACUUGAACAUUAUUUUCAUUUGGUUACAUCAUAAGCUGUGUACAUAUUACAGUUGGUAAAAAUAUCACUUUUUCAAAUUAAAUCAUAUUUACAUUCACUGGUAAAUCUUCAUAUUGUUUUGUGUAAAAGUUUGUAUCCUAAUUGAACUAUUUUAUAAAUAUUAUUCAUGAGAAUUGCUUUGUCAGGAGAAACUGUUCUUCUUUUGGUAAAUUUAUAUUCCUUGCUGCCUCCUGGGAACAAUGCCUGAAAAGUAAAGAUUAUUCUUUUUGAUCUAUGUGAAUUCAUCUGUAAACUAUUUCAGAAUUUUAAAAAAAUUCUUUGUGACUACAUUACUGAAGCUGAAUGUGUUGAAAACUGUGCCAGAUUAACCUAUUUUUUGUUCUUCUAUGAUCUUUAUCUUAACCCCUUCAUUACUGAUGAAUACCCAUUGUAAUUCAUGGAAAAUUUGGCUGAUGGACCAAUGCAUCACUCCCAUAAUUCAUAAUUACACUGACAACACACAGGGCUUUAUUUUGUUGGUUUGUAUGAUUUUCAUGACUUGUAUCAACAAGUUGGCGAAUUGGCAACUAACCAUCAGUGCUUCUCUGCACAGGAAAUUAUAUCUAAUAAAUUUUAUCUCACUUAAAACACAUCUCGUGAAGUCAUUGAUACUUGGUAAAACAAAAGUACAUAUCUGAAAAGCCUAACCAUUUUCUUCUUGACAAUCAGUUCAGAAUAACAUGCAAUACAUAUCUUUGAUAAGACUCAUAUAGGACUUUUUUUUUUUUUUUUGAGAAACUCUGUAAGUCAGUUUCUACUUAAAUGAAAAACUGCUGCUUCCAAAUAGGACUUUAUCAGAAAUGAAAGCACACACACACACACACACACACACACACACACACACACACACACACACACUCUAUAUAUGAUGUCUAGUUGACUUUGAUAGGUUUAAAGCAAAAGUCAAUUACCCAGCUCACUCAUUAGAUGUUGAUUUUGUCUCUGCAUUUUUUACUUUCCUUACUUUACAGUUACUUUCUUAUUCUUCACAUCCAUGUCUGCUCAUCGAGGGGACUGUUUGGUCUCUAUAUAUAUAUAUAUAUAUUUUUUUUUUUCUCUUGAUGCCCUUUCAUGGAUCUCAGUAAUAAUAAUAAUAGUGAUGAUAAUAAUAAUAAUAACUUGUGGUUUGUACACAUAUGCAAUUCUCUUUAUGUGACCAAAGAUUUCUCAUGAUUUUUUUUCAUUUGAUGAAAACUGUAGAUUUAGAUUAAAAUUGUAAUAAGUCUGGCACUUCAUUUUUUUAUGUUUUAAAAGUCAAGGUGUAGGAAGUCAUGGCUGACUCGUAUGAGUGCACUAACAAAACUUUGUUUUGUUUCAACCUCUAAACAAUGUUUAGAAAUUGAAAGUAAGCAAUAAAAUAUUUAGAGGAAAAGGAUGACAACAGUGAUGAAAGAUCUGUGGUUGGCAAGUUUAUAUUAUAUUUUUAUUUAUUUAUUAUGAGAGGGUAUUGGGAAUGAACCAUAUGUCAUUUUAGAGAAACUCACAUGCAGUUACCAUGAAAAAUGCUAUAUAUUAGUCACUGUUAAAGAAGAAAACUAUUUUAUUAUAAUUAUCAGUUUUAUUUUAAAGACUUGAAAUAUUGCUAGGAACACACACACACACACACACACACACACACACACACACACACACACACACACACACACACACACACACAUAUAUGGAUAUGGAGACGGGACCACACGAGUGUAAGCCCAGGUCCUGUAAAAUUACAACUAGGUAAAUACACACACACACUUUAUAAGCAUAUUUAUAGAAUAGCAAAAGUGCUUGGUGCAGUUUAUUUGAAAGUUGUAUUUGAUGUCAUAAGGAGAUAAGAAAAAUUACUUCUCGAUAGACAGCUAUUGGUGGGCAGUUAUUGGAUGUAGCUAUGGUUCUUUAUAUAUAUAUAUAUAUAUAUAUAUAUAUAUAUAUAUAUAUAUAUAUAUAUAUAUAUAUAUAUAUAUAUAUAUAUAUAUAUAUAUAUAUAUAUAUAUAUAUAUAUAUAUAUAUAUAUAUAUAUACGUGGUUGAAAAUUUAACGGAGGUGGCUAUAUUGUAAAGAUUCCAGAUUUGAAGGAUGACGUACAUUUUUUAUGUAUUACACUUUUUUUUUUCAGGAUAACUUCAAGUCUGUUCAGAAGUAUUUAUCCAUGUUUUUUUUCCUUGUACAGAUAUAUCCAUAACUGAUCUCUUUCACACAAUUAAUAAUUAAUGAAUGUGAGGCUUUAUUGCUUACAGUGCUGCACAUUUUUUUUUCUAAAUUUAUUUUUAAUAUAUAUUUUGUAUACACUGGAGUGUAAUUCUGUUGCUUUUAUGCUGCAGGUUGUAAAUUUAGGGAAUUUAAAGAUCAAUUGGUGGUUCUUGUAAGGCUUUUUAAGUGAGUGCUUGUGUUCAUACUGGAGACACCCUUGUUACAGGGAUGCACUAGUGCUAGUGUAUAACUUCACUGUAGCAUAUGUUAAGGUGUAGUUAUAAUAAUUAUAUUUUUUAAUAGAGAAUAACAUUUUUAGAUUCUAGAUAUUUCUCUUAGGUUAUGCUUGUGUAAAUAAGUUCAAUGUAAGUGUACAUAAAGUCCUGUAGUGUGCCUGGAGUUCAAAGAUAAAAAUAUGAAAUGUUUUAAAAUAUUCAAAUAAAUUUUUGGGAAGGUUUUUAUAGACAUAAGCAUAAUCAAUGUUAGACACGAAUUUACAGUAAUUUUAAAUUUUGCUUUAUGCAACAAUGGAUUUUCAUAUGAUUUUUAUACUGAAUUUUUACAAUUUGUAAAUUGAAAAUGCUUUAUCUUGAAGGAGACUGCAAAUAACAUUACCUUUCUGUCUUGUAACAGAAGAGCAAGAUUGAAAAUUUUCAUGCAAUAAGAAGGCUUGUUAACUGAAUUUGAUAUGUAAUUAAAUCACUAUAGAAAGAUGGUUGUUUUGAACCCUCUCUUUGGGUCUGUAAGCCUUUUCAUAAUGUACGUACACCUGUUUAUUUGAGAACACCUUGUUUUGUACCAGCAUGCAUCUCUCCCUCCUCAUAAUGUUCCUUGACAUGUGACAUUGAUUUUUUAACCUAAUUUUACACUUGAAAUAUAUAUAUAUCUAUAUAUAUAUAUAUAUAUAUAUAUAUAUAUAUAUAUAUAUAUAUAUAUAUAUAGAUAUAUUUAUAUAUAUAUAUAUAUAUAUAUAUAUAUAUAUAUAUAUACUGCAAUCUUUAUUGCAUGUCAUCUUUUAAAUUAAAACAAGCAAGCAUCAUUUUCAAAUAUUAUAUUUUUCCAAUUCAUAAGUUAUCAGUAAUUUUGCUCACAUACUUUCUUAAGUUAUGGUUGUCUAUCUUCUUAUGAAGUCAAGCCACCUGCUUAGUAAUGCAAUCAUUCAUUCUUCUUCACUUUGUCUUUAUUAUUAUUAUUAUAUAUAAUAAUUAUAUAUAUUUUUGUUGAUGUCCAUACCAAUUAUGGUUACUAGUGGUGCAUUUUCCAAAAAUAUACAUUUGUAUUAAUUUUUCAAACAAUUUUCAUAGCUUUGCAUUUAUAAUGGCACUUUAGCCUACACCAAAAUUGUUUGCAGCAACUUAUUUUUAAUGUUUCUAUUGCUACCAACAAUAUUUUGUUAGGCUCUUAUUGAAUCAGCACAAGGGUGAAGGACUGAGGGAAAUGGUUGUGGUAUAGGUUUUGUAAAUGCUCAGAUAAAGCAAAUACAAAGUUAUUAUUACUAAAAAUAAAUCAUAUAUGUGAGAGGUUGCUCUGCAGAAUUUGAGUAUGAAACAAAUAUUUGAAUACAUUGUAGAUGGUGCUGUAAUUACAGACCUUAUUCAUGAAAUAAAAAAAAAAUAUAUAAAAAUAGAUGAAUAUAUAAAUCCAACAAAAGUGCAAUGUGGAUCUCAAAGGUUUCCCAGUGAUGAGCAUGAACUUUGGAGAACAAUUUUUAGUUGAAGUUUGCACUGAAACAUUUUCAAUGAGACAGGCAUAAGAAAUUAGUAUGCAGGGUUUAUUCAUAAUAUAAACUUUAUUUUUUUCUGUGCUUCUAGUUACAUUAUAAAAAAAGUUAUUUAGAAUUUGUAUUGUUGGGACCUUCUAAAAUUUAUGUGGAUCAGCACUUCUCCCUAGUGCAUGAUCAGAAACUGGUAGCCGAUAAUAGCUACCAAUAUAAAGUAGAUGUGAAUAUUUAGGUCCAAAUUUGUACUCUAAUUCAAUUUAUAUCCAUCCCUUUCUACCUGAGUCAUAUAGAUAAAUACAGUAAAUUCUAAAGGAUGGGAAAUAGUGACAUCAAAAGUAUAUAUAGUUUGGGAUUUUAAUGAAAAUAUUCCUGAACAUUUGACUGAAAGCAAAUAUAAAUGCGUAUCAACUAUGCAAAAUGUUUACUUAUUUUGGAUAUUCUCGUUGUUGUGCCUGAUAUACGACGGACAUAAUAAGACAUUGUGCUUUAUUGGCAUAUUCCUUUAUCUGCUAUCCCCUACCACCCCCUCAAAAAAGUAUUUCAGCCACUAUUUCAGACUGAACAGGAAAUGUUCUCACCCAACAGCAAACAUUUUUUGCAGGUGGUUGGGAAUAUCAUCCCAGGUUGAUACGAAUGCACAAACAGAAAUGUCAAGAAAAUAAGAGCCUUAUAAGACUAUGUAAUUGUGUUACAUUUUUUAAGCCAUGAAAUCCAGUGCAACUGCUGAUUUAUACUUUCCUUAAUUUUAAAAAUUUAGGUCUUGAAGCAUUUUCAGGCAUGAAGACUCUAGCAAUAGAAUGUAUUGGAUUCAUUGUCUCUCAAAUUAUAUUUUUAGAUUAUUCAAGAGGUGUUACUGUUUUAUUGAAGAUUAUUAUAUACUGUAAAGAAAAUAAUGAUCUUUAAGACAUUAACAAACACAAAUGCUUUUUGGAAUUGAAAUAUUUUUCUAACCCUGUUUGUUAAGCAAAAAAGUUUGUAGUGUUUUAUUUGAGAAGCAAAACUAUUAAAUAUAACCAAAUA